AUGGAGCACACCGGGAUCGAGGAGGUGAACCAAACGCACCAGCAGCAGCAUGAGCCCAUCAGCUUCGGCAUCGACCAGAUCCUCAACAGCUCGGAUCAGUCCAGCGGCUGCAUGCUGCCCAACCGGACCGGAGACCCGGAUUACGCGCUUGCUCCAAAUGUCUACAGCAACGGGUACAACAGCGUGUACAACCCGGCCUGCUCCAUGGCGGCGGGGUUGGCCGGCUCCUACAAUGUCAACAUGAACAUGAACGUUAGUAUGAACAUGAACAUGAACGUUAACGUGAACUCGGGCGGCGCCGGAGGGGUGAUCCGGGUCCCGGCGCACAGACCCAUGCCUCCUCCGCCGCCGCCAGCAGCAGCAGCGCCGCAUCCGCCCCCUUCCACACAACCGGGAUGCAUCGGACCCGGCAUCGCCUCUAUGGCCGGGAUGGGGAUGGGGAACGCGGGGAACUUCACCUUCCCGUGGAUGGAGAGCAGUAGGAGGUUUGCCAAGGAAAGACUAACAG